AUGUACAGCUACAACAACAUCGUCGAAAAGGGGGAGCCAAAGCACAAGGAGCUCAUUGACAGGGCUCUAGACCACCUAACUGCGAUUCCGAAAAGUACGCAACACCGAGUCAGUCCUGAGGUUGACUGCAUUAUUGUGGACAAUUUCCUCACAAAUGAAGAGUGCGAUGCGCUCGUCGAGGCUUGUGAGAAGACAGGGUUUUCCUUUUGGAGGCAAACAACUCACGACGCAACCGAUGGGGAGUCGUGCUGCAGUGCAGCCUCAAAGGCGGUUCGAGUUGUGGACACCAUCGAGGCCAACUUUGAUCAUUUAUCGCAGUUCCUUUUUAAACGAAUCGCAGCGGUGGUGGAUCUUGAGUCCAAGCGCUUCAGUAAGGAAAUGAUAGGCGCGGAGGAAUUGUAUGAGCGAGAUCUGGAGGGAGAGUGGGUACCUUACGCUUUGUCAAGCAAUUUAUUGCUCGGGAGGUACAAGCCUGGGGGGCAUUUUAUGCCCCAUAUCGACGGCUCCACGGUUGUGGAUCUUAACACGCGUUCCUUCUAUACCCUGCUUUUGUACCUCAACGACUGCCCUGAAGGGGGCGAGACACAUUUGUUUUCUGGCGAGCAGCACAAGGUGAUUUUCAUGGAUUCUGAGGCGAACAAGCUACGCGGCAGUGCGUCGAAUCGAGUUGGUUCAGUAGAGCCCAAGAAGGGGCGCGCGGCAUUUUUCUAUUACGACCUUCUCCAUGAAGGUGCACCGGUAGUUUCUGGCCUAAAAUAUAUCUGUCGAGCCGAUCUUCUGUAUCGCCGUCAACCGCCUAUUCUCACGAGUGAAAAGGACACCGAAGCCUUUGAGCUCUACCAGCAGGCACGUACCCUUGAGAGCAGUGGCGAGGCCGCCCGCGCGUGUGAACUCUUCCAACGUGUAAGAAAAGUAUCAAAAGGAGUCGCUGAAUUAUAUCAGUUGGAUUAACCAUUCCCUCAGUUUCAGAUCAACUUUGAGCGGAGUAAUGGUCAAAGGGUCAUGUGAAUGGGAAGGGAAGGGGGGGUGUAUCGUGGAGCGGAAGGCGAUACCAUCUGUCAACAACAAAAAGUGAAUAUUAAUGAACAUUACUAACAACUUGAUUUUAUGAAUAAAUAAAUAAUUUUCUAUAUCUGUAUUGAUACCAAUAUCCAUAUGGACCCUCAAA